GUAACAACCUGUUUUUUUCCCUCAAGAACAAAACUGCCGUGCAUCAGAUGUUCUCAGCCAGACUGUGGCGGACCUUUCUGAGAACGAGAUGGCUUUUUUCCCGUAUUUUUCAGCGGAGACAUGGACUUUAAUCGCCAUUGUUGUUGCUCUGCUGGUGCUCUAUGGAAAUGCACCCUAUGGCUUUUUCAAGAAAAUCGGGAUCAAAGGUCCCAAACCGUUGCCGUAUAUUGGGACAUUUCUGGAGUACAGAAAGGGCAUUCACAAUUUUGAUAUGGAAUGUUUUCAAAAGUAUGGAAAAGUCUGGGGUCUUUUUGAUGGCAGACAACCCAUCAUGGCUACAGUGGACACAAGUAUGAUUAAAACCAUCUUGGUUAAGGAGUGUUAUUCUGUCUUCACCAACAGACGGGAUGUGGGCCUAAAUGGACCUCUAAAGGAUGCUGUUUCAAUCGUAGAAGAUGACCAAUGGAAGAGGAUCCGCAGUGUCCUCUCUCCGUCAUUCACAAGUGGCCGACUGAAAGAGAUGUAUGGAAUAAUGUUGCAUCACUCAAGCAAUCUGUUCGGAUGUCUUCGGAAGAAAGCAGAAGGCGAUGAGGUCAUUGAAGUCAAAGAAGUUUUUGGGCCGUACAGUAUGGAUGUUGUGACCAGUACUGCAUUCAGUGUGGACAUUGACUCCAUUAACAAUCCCUCUGACCCAUUCGUCUCAAACAUUAAGAGAAUGGUCAAUUUUAACAUCUUCAAUCCCUUGCUUGUGCUUGUCGUUAUUUUUCCAUUUCUGCGGCCACUGAUUGAAAAGAUGGAUUUCACACUCUUCCCAGCUGAUGUGUUGACUUUCUUCUAUAGCUUCCUAAAAAUGAUCAAAUCUGACCGGAACAAAAAUGAACACAAGAACAGAGUUGAUUUCAUGCAGUUGAUGGUAGAUUCUCAAAUGUCAGACUCCAGCGAAGGAGAUGCAAGCAACCUCAAAGGUCUGACUGAUAAUGAAAUCCUCUCUCAGGCCAUGAUUUUUAUCUUUGCUGGCUAUGAAACCAGUAGCAGCUCACUGUGCUUCUUAGCCUACAAUCUAGCAACACACCCUGAAAUCCAAAAGGUUCUACAAGAUGAGAUUGAUGAAACAAUUCCAGACAAGGCGAGACCAAAGUAUGAAGACCUGAUGCAGAUGGAGUACCUGGAUAUGGUAAUGAAUGAGUCCGCAAGGCUGUUUCCUAUCGCCAGUCGUCUGGAAAGGAUAGCAAAGACCUCAGUGGAAGUUGACGGAAUGACCAUUCCCAAGGAAACUGUGGUCAUGGUGCCGGUUUACGCUCUUCACCGUGACCCUUCUUUAUGGCCGCAACCUGACUCUUUCAAACCUGAAAGGUUCAGCAAAGAGAACAAAGACAACAUCGAUCCUUACGCAUACUUGCCAUUUGGAGCAGGGCCAAGGAACUGUAUUGGCAUGCGAUUUGCUCUCCUGAUGAUGAAGUUGGCUUUGGUGGAGAUCCUGCAGCACUACAGCUUUGUCACCUGCAAGGAAACGGACAUUCCGAUGACGCUGUCAAACGACCAAUUUACAUCGCCUAAGAAUCCCAUCAAACUGAAACUAGUGGCAAGGGAAGAUGUUCCAGAUUGUACUUCAAGAGAAAUGUGAUUUUUUUUUUCAUAUAUUCUUUCUUUUAGAACAGGGGUCGGGAACCUUUUUGGCCGAGAGAGCCAAGAAGCCUAAUAUUUAAAAAUGUAUUUCCGUAAGAGCCAUAUCAUAUUUUUUUAGCACUGAACACAACUAAAGGUGUGCAUUUUUAAGUAAGACCAAAUUUCUAGAGUAUAAUAGUUAUCUUAUUCUUUGUAAUAACAUUGUUAUUCUGAAGCUAACUGUGGAGGGGGGGCGUGGCCUUCGGGCCUGCAGCAAAGCGGGGUGUGCCAGGACCAGCCUCGAAAUCAGCGACAGGUGCGUAGACGGCCCACCUGGGCCUUGUUAUGAGCAGCAGCCAGGAGGAGAGACGAGGUUGGAGCUAGAGCCAGAGCGCGAGCGAGAACGAAAGAGAAAAAGACAAUUGCUGGAAAGCAACUGAGAGACUUAAUGAAAAAUAAAACAAUAUUGUAACCCUGAAACAGGCUCUCAUGUCGAUGCUUGGUGGUCUGAAGAACCCCCAGGAGGGAAAGCCACACACUAACCAAUAAUAAAUAAAUUACUUCUUACCAUUAACGCAACUUCUUGAACAGGUGCGGUAGAAAAUGGAUGGAUGGAUUAAAAUGCAUGAGAAUGUUUUAUAUUUGGAAAAUUAUUUUGAACACUUUGAUUACAAGUGGAAUUAUUCAGUACUUAUCGUGUUAAGCAGUGUCAGCUCAGAUUUAUCCGGGAGCCAGAUGCAGUCAUCAAAAGAGCCACGUCUGGCUCGCAAGCCAUAGGUUCCCUACCCCUGUUUUAGAAGAAUGACAUGGGACGUACGUAAGUUUGCGUCAAUAUUGACGUUAUGUUCUCAAUCAAUCAAUCAAAGGUUGAUUAUUUUCUGCAUACAGUAUCUUAUCUUUAUAAGUCACAGUUACUUUAAACAAGGAACUAAUCGAAUUCAAGUAACAGUAAAUUUGGCAUAUGUUUGCACGCAACUAACACUAAACGCUAUGGUAUGUUUAUGCCUGCUACAGAAAUGCUAUCUUUUACCUAAAUUCCUUUGAUGCUUAUCCAAUCUCAGGCUGCAGCUACAUCCACACAUAUGCUAUGCUGUACAUAAUGUAAACAAUGCAUAACAUAAUGCAUUUAAGAUUAAAGACAGUUAAAAGAAAAUGGAAGAUGAUUAGUGUUUUCUGUAAAUGAGAUAAAACUACAAUAAAAACAGACUUUGUUUCAA